AUGGACAACAGGGCGCAGCGAUUCGAGGACGAGAAGCGUCGUAUCAUCGACAGCUGCUUCAACAAGAAGGACGUAGAUGGAUCGCUGCUCGAGACAUACAUCACCCACAUCCGAAUCGUCGAGUACUCCUCCCAUCCGACAUCACCGCCGCCCCCCGAAGCACGAACACCCCAGUCUGAGAAGCCCCGAAUCAUUGUCGUCGCUGUGAGAAAGUCUGGCCGUGUGCGCCUUCACAAAACCAAAGAAAAUGCCAAUGGCUCCUUCUCCAUUGGAAAGACAUGGAACCUCGACGACCUGUCCGCCAUUGAAUCCUUCACCGGGCCCCCUGCCAACCCAACACUUCGUGAAUAUGCCGGGGACACGGGCUUUGUCGUCACCAUAGGCAAACCCUAUUUCUGGGAUGCUCAGUCAGACAAGGAAAAGAAGUUCUUCAUCGCCAGCUUGGUCAAGAUCUAUGGCAAGUACACAGGGGGAAAGGUCCCCGAGCUGUCGGGCUUCGACCAGGCCGAAAUGGGACAGAUCUUGAGAAACGAACGACGACCCCCGCCCGGCGCCCAGCCUCCUUUCAGACCCCCGGCGAUGUCGCCAGAUGCUGCUGCUAGUCAGAGCAGUCUCAGUGCUACAAAUGUGCCUUCAAACUACGGGACUCCCUCGCCGGGACCGCCAGGCCCGCGACGGCCGCCACCUCUCAAUGGUCCACCCCUCAACGGGACCAACUCACCUGUCGGCAGCAUGAGCUCGUCUCUAGGCCAGCCAGAACCCCCGACACUGAGACGAUUCGGCAACAAGAGUCAAGAAUCGUUCGCUCAGUCGCUAGGAGGACGAAGUGACGAUGCAGGAAGCGUGCCGCCGCGGUCGAGGAACGGCAUGCCCAUCCCCGGUGCCUUUCCCAGAUUCAACGACAAUACGCCCGAGCCGAUUCCUAUACCCCCGCCCCAGCGCCCAGAAAGUCGAGGCAACCAGAGCCGCGAGCCUCCCCCCGAACGCAAGAGACCUCCCAUGGAUCCGGCGCGGCCACAAGGCUUCUCCGACCGGGACCUGGUGCCUGCGCCCUUGGUGAGCCCAGGAAUGCGACGAGAUCAGGUGGCUCCUCCACCCAGGAGUACAGCCAGGAAAAAUUCCCUGUCGCAACGCUCCGACGGCGGUUCGUACAAAGACAGGCCGGUCACUCCUCUGACCCCCGGAGACGCAGGAAUGCCGGAUGCGCCGCCGGCGCUCAGAACUCCCACGCGGAAUGGAAUGACCCCGACCAGACAGCCUCCCCCGAUGGUAUCGCCGCCGCCUGAAAUUCCCGUUCCUCCCGCACCUGUCUCCCCGAUCGCACCAACGCCGCCUCCCGCAGCCCCCGCUCCCCUACCUGAGCCGGAGCCGUUGAUCGAGGAGCCCCCGGUCCCGCCAGCUGAGUUUCAGCCAACACCCCCUGUUCCGCCUGAGCCUGAGGAAGAGACGAGGCCCGGCCUUGGCCCGAUGAUCAAGGCAAAGAAAUCAAAGGGCGAUCUUGCUGGUGUACUUUGGAAAGCCGCUUCUGCCGCCGCUGCGUUCAAGCCAAGAGCCGGUGGCGCGGGCGAGAGACUACGCUUGGCAGCAAACAAGAGCGCUGAGCCAGCGGAAGGAAUCACAACCGUCUUUCGGCCUCCGCCUCGACCUGUCUCUUCUGAUGGACCCAAGGAGGCAACGCCGGAGGCCACCCCGGACGCCGCCCCCGCUGCUCCAGCAGAGCCCGCCAAGCGGACGUCGGGCGUGCCGGAAGUCAAGGUUACAGUACCCAAUUCCAGUCGCCCGACUAGCUUGCAACCUUCAGUCAAGGAGGUCAAGAAGCCCGAGGAACCUGCAUCAAAGGAAGAGGCCCGCAAGUCCUUGGUGAUCGGCAAUGAUGCCAAAUACCUGGCAUCUCUUGGUGUUGAUCCGUCGGUCCUCGACAAUAGGAGCACCGAGUUUACAAAAUGGCUCGACUACUUUGGCUGGGUGCCUGGUGAAAAGAUGAGAACUCGUAAUGUUGAUGAAAUGAAGAUGGAUCUAGAAAGAGAACUGAACAAGGCCCAAGCGGGCGGUUGGGUCGCACGUUUCCAGGAAGAGGACGACCGCGUUGAAGCUAUCAAGCGCGGCAUUGACACUGCGAUUUCCGAGUGUGAGGAAAUGGAGAAUCUAUUGACGCUUUACAGUGUCGAGCUUUCGACUCUUUCGGAUGAUAUUGCGUACAUCGAGGCUCAAGGGCAAGGUCUGCAAGUCCAGACUUCCAAUCAGAAGCUAUUGAAGAAGGAGCUCGAAUCCCUCUUGGAAACGACCACCAUCACAUCGGCCGAUCUCAAUGCUUUGAGAGCCGCACCGUUGGAAGAUCUGGGCGGUCUCGAAGACAUUGAGAUGUCGCUGGUGACUUUGUAUAAGGCCAUGCUCAAGAUCGAUCCCUCACUGCUUAGCGGUGGUGAGCCCAGAAAGAGCGAAGACACCUCUGCCGAAAGUGACCAAGCUGUUGGUCUCGACAAUACCGACUACGGCAAGAUGAGAAUCGUGCAAGAAAAGAAGGAAAUGUACCGACAAGAAAGCUCGCUCUUCCUCAGACGACUCGUCGAGUACAUGGCACGACAGUUUGAUGACGCCUACAACGAGACCAAUAGGGCGCUCAGUGAAGCUCUGUCAAGAAAGGUGGACUCGCGCCACCACGAUGCAGGCCGAGAUACGCUUUGGAAGUACAGUCCUCUCAUCAAAUAUGCCAAGGACGUCGACCCGAAGAACUGGGAUCGCAUGAUUCAAGUCUACCAGGACAAGAGCUUCCCGGUGUACAAGAACGAAUUCCGGCAAGUUCUGGAGGCAUGGAAGCGCAACGCGCGCAAGAUGACUGCCGAUGAGACUGAGCAGCUCCUGUUUACGUACGAAGUCGAAAAGCAACAGGAAGGCAGGGCGACCACCGUCAGGAAGCUUACAGUCAAGCGCAGUCAAACUUUGGCCAAGAGUUUGCGCUCGCCCAUCGACAGCAGCAGCAGAUCCAACCUGAAGGAAUCGGCAGAAAGCCGCAGCCUUCCUUAUGAGGUGUUUGGCUCCGUUAUGGACGACCUUCUUCCUCUGGUUGAGAUGGAGCAGAACUUUAUCGUCGACUUUUUCCACGCCACCACCAUGGAGCAGUCCGAUUUCCCCGACCUCGUCACCGCCACCCGGCCCGGGGAUCGCAGAGGAGGCGACCUGCGGCGCCAUCGCCUGAUGGAACCCGACCGUGAUCUUGCUCGCAGAGUCACCAAGGCGAUGGAAGUAAUAUUCUCUUUCCUGGAGCGCGAAGUUGGAAACCUCGUCACCUGGGUUCUCCAAGCCGAUCCUUUACAAGGUGCUGGUGUGCUGGCUGUCCUUGAACGCAGCCUCGUCGACAUUCAGCAGUCCAACCAGGACUUCCUCAACGCUCUGUUGCAAAAGCUGCACGGCGCGCUCGAGGGACAGUUCAAAAAGUUCGUCGACGAACAGAUCAAGGCCAUCGAAGAUACAAAGGUCAAAAUCAACAAGCGCAAGGGCGUCAUUUCCUUCAUCCGGGUGUUCCCCCACUUCUCCAACGCGGUUGAGAACAUUCUCUCGGGCAUCGACCCGAACCUCUCAGUGCGCAAGACGGUCGACCGCGAAUACGACCGCAUUCUCAAGUCAAUGUUCGACUCGCUCAAGAUCAUUGCCCGCGAGAACCCAGCAGUCAGCGUCGGAGCUGCGGGCGCCGACCCUGAAGACAAGGAGGCGCUCAACUUCCAUAUCCUGCUCAUCGAGAACAUGAACCACUUCCUCGAGGAAGUCAACACGCAUGGCUUGGAGGUGCUCGAGGACUGGCGCGAGGCCGCCUCUAACGAGCUCAACGAACACAUGGGCCUCUACCUGAACGCGGUUAUGCGCCGUCCGCUCGGCAAGCUCCUCGAGUAUAUUGAGAAUAUUGAGGGCCAGCUGUCGUCAGGCAAGGCCGGCUCAAGCAUUGCUGCGCAGCCCUCCAACUCCAAAUCUACCUUUAACAAGGUGCUUUCCACAUAUGACGGGCGAGAGGUCCGCAAGGGCAUCGAGACGCUCCGCAAGCGCGUAGACAAGCAUUUUGGCGACGCGGACGACCCUGCUCUCAGCCAGAAGCUGGUGAACAAGGUGCUCCGCGAAUGCGAGCGCUUCUACGGCGAGGUGGAGCUGCGCAUCAGCCGCAUCACUUCGGACGUCUACGGAGGAGACGUCAUUUUCGAGUGGCCGCGCGUCGAGGUCAAGGCCGGCUUCCGCUAG